AUGGCUGACCUUCCAGCACUCCUCAAAGCCUCGCUCAACCCAGAAACUAGAAAGCAAGCUGAACAAAAUCUCAAUGCUUUGAGCACACACAAUGGCUUUUUGACCCAUCUCCUGAACCUCAUCCUCGAACAAAGGGUGGAUCGUGCAAUCAGAUUAUCAGGGAGUGUCUAUCUAAAGAAUAUUACAAAGUUGCGCUGGGAUGAGGACAUUCAACCCCUGGCCGAAGAGGACAAAGCUGCAUUGAGAGCACAGCUAGUUCCUGCAAUGCUUGCACUAUCUAACCCCGCAGACAAGGCUAUUCGCGCUCAAGUUGCAGAGUCAGUAUCUCUUGUCGCUGAGCUAGACUUUCCCGCGAAAUGGGAGGAUCUCAUCGAUCAAUUGGUCUCAUCUCUGUCAACUACCGACUACAAUACGAACGUUGGAGUCCUUCAGACCGCUCAUUCCAUCUUCCGCCAGUGGCGCGCGCACGUCCGAUCCGACGAGCUCUAUACAGAGAUUAACCUCGUUCUGACAAAGUUUAUGACACCAUUCCUGCAACUCUUUAGGCAAACUGCGCAGCUGCUUUUCGGCACAGCUCCCGCCGCGAAUUACGCGCUCGUGGCGCAAUCUAUGGUUCUACUCAUCGACCUCUUCUACGACUUCACUUGCCACGACUUACCACCCGCCAUCGAGGAUACGCACGAAGAAUUCUUUGGGCCGACAUCAGGUUGGUUUCAGGUGUUUUUAGGAUGGGAUCCAGCCGAGUUGCGGGGAGAUCCUGAUGACACCACUCCUUCCUUGCCAUCACAAAUCAAAGCAGGAAUUCUCGAAAUCGCAGAGCUCUUCAUCAAGCUCUACCCCGACCAACUCCUUAAAUCUCCAGCUGUCGAAACUUUUGUCAAAAACGUUUGGAACCUUGUCGGAUCGAACAAGCUUCCAGGCGUGGCUGAUGAUGCCCUCGUCUCUCAAUCUCUUCGCUUUAUCUCGACUGCUAUUCGCUCAGGAUACUACAAAGCUCUCUUUUCGUCAACAGAGACCAUCUCAUCUCUAGUACAAGGUGUUGUUGUUCCCAAUGUUGCCCUUCGGGAGCACGAUGUAGAGCAAUUUGAGGAUGAUCCCCUUGAGUUCAUUCGACUUGACUUGGCCCAAUCGAGCACGGGCUCAGACCUAUCCACUCGUCGCCAGGCUGCGGCUGACGUUCUCCAAGCUCUAGUAGGGAGUGGGUAUGAGACUGAGACAACCCAGAUUGUGGGCCAGUGGAUUUCCACCGGACUGAGCGAAUACGAGGCGAACAAGGCCCAGAAUUGGAAGGCGAAAGAUAGCGCGGUCUAUCUAUUGACAGCAGUCGCUACUCGUGGAUCAACUUCCCAACACGGAGUAACUUCAACUAAUGCCCUCGUGGACGUGGUCAAGUUCUUUUCGGACCAUGUCUUCCAAGACCUAAAAGCUGCGCCAGGGGCUGUUCACCCCAUCCUGCAAGUCGACGCUAUCCGAUUUUUGUACACCUUCAGGAACCAGCUCACAAAACCCCAACUCCUCUCUGUCCUUCCCUUGCUAUCUCAACGCCUUGAGUCAGAAAACUACGUCACCUACACAUAUGCUGCGAUCACUAUUGACCGUAUCCUGUUCAUCAAGCAGAACAAUCAACUUUUGUUUGGACAAGCAGACAUACAAGAGUCAGCCCCCCACCUAGUACAUGCGCUAUUGACUAAAAUCGAGGCCGCCGGCACGCCGGAGAAGGUUGCGGAGAACGAUCAUCUAAUGAAAUGUGUGAUGAGGGUUAUCGUGACUGCACGGCAAGGGCUCACGUCUGUCUACGAGUUGACAUUGAGUCGUCUGGUCGGGAUCCUCGGCCGGAUCUCCAAGAACCCGAGUAACCCCCACUUUGAUCAAUACAUCUUUGAAAGCAUUUCUGGUCUUAUGAGGUUUAUCGUUGAAGGAUCACCCACGACACUACCGAAAUUCGAACAAACGCUCUUCACUCCAUUUACAAUGAUCCUUCAACAAGACAUUGAUCAAUAUAUCCCCUACGUAUUUCAAGUCCUCGCCCAAAUGCUUGACCUCCAUUCUACCCGUGAAGUUCCUCCCGAGUAUCGAAACCUCCUCCCCUUCCUCUUCACCCCUGCAAUAUGGCAACAGAAAGGAAGUAUCCCCGGCCUGGUCAAACUGCUCAAGACAUUCCUCGGUCGAGAUGCUACGCAGAUGUUCGCGGCGGGACAGAUUGCGUCUGUGUUGGCCGUCGUGCAGCAGCGGCUGAUCCCAUCGAAGGUCAACGAUGCUUGGGGCUUCGAGUUGAUCCAAAGCGUGGUUUUGAGCGUUAAACCGGAAAACCUGCAACAGUACAUGAAACCGUUGGUAAUGACUCUCUUAACACGGAUGCAAACCAGCAAAACCGACAAAUAUACGUAUCUGUUCGCUCGUUUCAUACUCUUCACUAUGGCCAUCAAUGUCACGGGCAUGUCGCCUGACUAUCUUAUCACUACUAUUGAGGAGAUCCAGGCAAAGCAAGUUUGA